AUGGGCUCGACCGAGGAACUGCUGCUGCCUCCCGAGUACCUCCUUGCAAGCGAGUGGGACCGGGAAUCGGCGCCGCCGUUGCCGCCCUUAAGGGGCAGAGGGGGCGCAUCCCGGCACAAGCGGCGGCGGCAGCAGCAGCAGCAGCAGCAGCAGCCCCCCCAUUCCUCGCUGCCUCUGGCGGGGGACGAGGACAAGCCGCAGCAGCAGGUGCUACAAGAAGAAAGGGAAAAUAACACUGAAUCAGUUACUGAUGACUAUAAAAAGAUGGGGACUCUCUUUGGUGAACUCAACAAAAGCCUCAUAAGAAUAGGAUUCACAAGGAUGUAUUUUGGAGAAAGGAUUGUAGAACCUGUAAUAAUCCUGUUCUUCUGGGUUAUGCUCUGGUUUCUUGGACUACAAGCUCUUGGAUUAGUGGCUGUCCUGUGCCUUGUUAUUAUAUAUGUUCAGCAAUAAAAUAUACUGGGUAGACUAUUUCAUAUAUUCAUGGAUUUACAUAUUUAGCUGAACAAGAAUGGCAUCACUACUAACUAUUGUGCUAAAUAUUAUGUAGUCAUUAAAUGUUUGCAUGGGGUUUUUUUCUUCCAAUCUUUGUGAUUUAAAAAGAAAAAGCAUUCUUAUCUGUCAUGAAUAAGUGAGUAAAAUAUUCUCAGUAUGAGGCAGUGUAGUCAAAUCAUUCAUUUAGUAAAUCCUAUUACUAAGUGGAAGAAUUCUAAUUUUAAGAGGUUUGGAGAUACAAACAUACUUUUCAUUGUAUGAAUGGUGCUUUUAUAUUCAUGCAACAACUGUUUUCAAAAAAUACCUUUUAUAUUAAAACUAAAGGUUAAAAAGCCAAUUUUAUGAGCUCUUGUGUUGUAUGAUUUUUUUUAUCACCUUUUAAAUCUCUUUGAAAAUUUGUUUAGUGAUGUGUAUGCAUAGGAACCCAUCUUAAUGACUUGUAAAUGUAUUAGAAAAAUGUCAGUCAAAAAAUUCUUAAAUAUGACAGUAAAUCUGGUGAUUUUUUUAUUUCAUUUUUUAUUAUGUGUGUACUUAUAAAAAACUUUCUCUGGAAAUAAAUUAGGAUUCUUCCUUUCUUUUUAAUGGACUUCUAAUUUAUCUCAGUUUAAUUAUUUUAUGUGCAGUCUCUGCAAACACAUAAGAGCAAGCUAAAAUAUUUUUUCUGAAAUUGUAUCUUCCCUUUUAAAUGAGUAUUUUGGGAAGAAGAAAUAAAUACAUUUCCUAGUUAUAAAAUCAAGGACUGAUAUGUAUUGAGCCAAAAUAUUAUAAACAUUCUUUAUCAAGUUUACUUUACAAUGUAAAUAUUCACUGCAGAGAACUUAUUAGAUCACAAAUGCUGCACUGUUUAAGUUAUUUAAGAACCAUGGAGAAUGUAGGUGAUAAAAACAGCUUGUACAAGUCCUCCUCAAAGCCAUGCUUUCUGUUACUUCGUUAAGUCAGUAUCUGUUGUGCAACUCUAGAACCCCACUGAAAUUUUUUUUAGUGAAACUCUUUGUGUAUCUUAAAAGUAUGGUGGUUAUGAUUACAUUGAUUUACCAAGUGGAAUUUUUUGUGGGGGAAAAUUGGGAUAAUAAAUUAUCCAUCACAACUAUAGAAACGCAUUGCCAAACAAAUUCAAUCCACAAAUGAAAAGUUCUUUUUGCCAUGUUUACCACAGCAAGAAUCCAAUGCAGAAGUAAAAUUUGGAGAUUCCUUUUUAUAUGCAGGACUAUUGUGUCAUUUUUAUACUGUUCAAAGUAUGGUACAGAUUUUUGAAGAAAUAUGUAGGAAAAUAUCCACAUAACAAUAUCCUACACUAGAUCAAUAGUUUAUAGGCAAAAGGAAGAUCAGCACUGGAUAAAAACUAGCUUUCAUAAUAUUUGUUAUUUAUGCUAAUAUAAUUUCUCUUUUUACUUUAGCUGUUCCAAGUAGGAUAUUUGUAGCUGAAAUUGGUUUUUGUUAUUUAAAUUUAAGAGAAAUUCCAGCCUCCCUUUUAAUAGUUAAUUUUUAUUUCAUUCAUGAGUCAUCAGUUUUUACUUUUUGUUCAUCUAGUUCAUGAAAAUAUUUUUUUAAAAUUAAAACUUGUCAAUUUAUUUUGUUGUAGACUUUAAAAAUAUCACAGUUCUGUUGAUGUGACCCUAUCUAAACAAUGUACAGAAUCAGGAUUAUUGAUACUGUAAUAAAGAACAGUGAAUUCUUUUGUAUCUUGGGUGGCUGUUACAGCUCUCUAAUAGAUAUCUGAAGGUUCUCAUUCAUUUUGUGAGAAGAAGCAGGCUUAUGCGUUUCAAUGAAAUCUCAGAAUAUAUACAGAGAAACCAUAUACAAAGGUGCUUCUCUUUGCAACCAGUAUAGCUGGGUAUUAAAUUCUAUACCCUUUUUUAGGGACAAGAGUGUGCUCUAGUUUAGAACCUGAAGAAUGCCUUUAUAGGUAUUCAGAAAACUAAUUUUUUAAAAAAAUCUGUUAUUGGUGAUGAAUUAAGUGCAAGUACGCUAAAAAUGACUUUCAAAUGAUUUUCAAAUAACUAUUCAGUUCAAACCUGUAGCAUGUGUACAUAAUAUAUACUGUAGGUGUGUGAAUGUUUUUAUUUAGGGCCCAUCAUUUGGCCCAUUUACAAUGAUUUUGAAAUGGUUUUAGAGUAUGAUCGCACUUUUGGGGAUGUCUUGUACUUAAAUGAAACUUCUGACCUUUUGAUCUUCAAUGAUUACCAUUCUACUAUUUUUAACUCUAAUAUGUUUUGGAAAGGAAUGGAGCAAAUAUUAUUUUAUAUGAAUUCUUGACUGUACAGUAUACUGAAGAGCCAUGCACUAUGGUUUAGUUGACAAUGAUCCCUGCUGAAGCUCUUCACAUGUCAAAAUAUGCUGCCAGAUUGGGGGUAAAAAAACAGUAUUAGAUAUACUGUUCAGGAAGAUGCAACCAGGCAUGGAAACUGGUAACCUCACAGAUUCUUUUGAAAAUAUUUUCUGAUCACAGAUAAGGAUUUGCUCUGAAAAAUGUAACACCUAGAAUGGUUUUAAUAUUCAAUUAUUUCCUCAGAAGUGUUUGUAUGAAAUGAUGCUUCUAC